UCUCUACGCCCAAUUUUUUGUCAAAAAAUUCGUUGAGUUUUAUGAAAUUAAGAUUUUUCUUGGUUCGUAUUAGGGUUCUUGGAUUGAGUAACUGGAACUCUCAUAUGUAGAAUUGGACAACUGCAAGGAUAUUUUUCUAUGUUAAAACUUUCUUUCAUCAAUGGGUAGGAAGAAGUCUCGUCCAAUUAGGUCAGGUGGGAUUUCUGAUGUCCCGUGUACGAGCGGUAAUAAGCCGGACCAAGAGAACAGUGUGGGUUGUAAAUUGGAAAAUGUAGAAAAUAGUUGUCAGAGUCCUGAUCAUUUGAAGCCGUUUCACGUUGAAGUUGAUAGAAGUAGUUGGGAUUCCGAUGAGAAGUUUGGCGUAGCAGAAAUAGUUCUUAAUAUUGUGAACUUUGCCGAUGAAAAAACUCAAAUUAGAUUAAGUGAAGAAAUCCCCGGAAAACUCUAUCCUUGCCUUCGAUUCAGCUUGUAUGGCGUUGAUGAAGGUUCCUUUAGGUUAGGUCAUUGGCCUGUCUUACCUGCUGAUAGUAUUGUUCUAGAGAAGGUUGCUUUAGAGAAAGACGGUACCUCGGAGGAGAGCGAGGAAGCUAUCAUACCUUUUUUCUCUGGUAUUUUUGAUGGUCCAGAUGAGGGUGUUUCUGGUCUUGUACACUUAGUCAGUUUGAAGUUCUUAACACUGAGAAGUAUCCAUGAAGUUGGAGAAUCUUGUGCCAACUCAUCUGUGAAGUUUAGAGUAGAAAUACUGAAAAGUGCUCUACAUGCUGGUGAAUCUCUCUUGGAGAUUGCUAGGCAGCCAUGGAGAAAGAGUAUGAUAAAUGUCAUGUAUUGGCUACGACCAGAAGUUGUAACAUCAGAAGCUAUAUACAGAAUAAGUAGAUCAGAAUUGGAGGUUGUGGAUGAAUAUGAAGAAACAAUGAAAAAUGUUGGUUCAAGAAAAAAUGUUGAAUUUGAUGCUGCCGGAUUUUAUGAAGCCAUUAAGCCUUCCAAAGAUGAACCUAGAUUGGAUUCUGAACUUCCUGAUUUGCUUCCACGUUUGAGACCAUAUCAGCGGCGAGCCACUUAUUGGAUGGUGCAGCGAGAGAAAGGAGCAAUAGAUUCAUCAAGCAAAAAGAUGCAAGAGUCUCUGACUGCACCAUUUUGCGUACCGGUUACUUCUCUUGAAAGAAAUUCCACAUUGUUCUAUAACCCUUUCAACGGAAGUGUUUCUUUAUAUCAAGAAUCCUCUCCAAUGUAUGUUUCUGGUGGUAUCUUAGCUGAUGAGAUGGGCCUGGGGAAAACUGUGGAAUUGCUGGCCUGCAUCUUCAUGCAUCGUCGGUCAUCUUCGCAAGACAGUAUCAUCCCUGAAAAUGAU